UUCCAGCCAGCUCAGUUGUUUUCAGAAUGCAAGCGGGACUAGUCAUAUUUUUGUUUUUCGCCUUUUUGGGCGCAACAGUUUACGGGGAUACGGAAUUCCUGCUCCACACACGGCGCAUCCGUGACACUCCCCAGCAGGUGGAUCCGGAGGUCGAGUCUCUGCUGCGCAGCUCUUUUUACGCAGCGGAUCCCACAGUGGUCUCGCUUCCCCGCUGGCAGGGCAACAGUUCGUCACCGGAGCUCCAAGCUGUGGUGGCCGCCCAGCUAGACCAGCAUGCCAGCAACGUGAUCAGCGUCGACUUGGCGGAUGCCAGCGACGAGGCGGAGGUGUUGGAGAAAGUGUCCAAGAUGGUAAUCCUACUGAACAAAAACUUUGAUGUCCCACUCGAAGACAUCCUCCUCGUGGGCUUUGCGGAGGGCGCCCACCUGGCAGGAGGAGUGGCUGCCAAGGUGCACGCGGACUUGGGCCACAAGCCACUGCACCUCACUGCCCUCGAUCCCACCUCGGGAGAAUCGCUUCAGCAUGUUCUGUCUCCGUCGGAUGCCGAGUUCGUGGAGGUUGUGCACACCGAUUCUGGAGGAGAAGGCACUUGGGAGACGUUGGGCCACGUGGACUACUUCCCAAAUGGAGGAACGUCCCAGCCUGGCUGUUCUGAAGGGUCUUGCUCGCACGAGCGCGCCUUUGAGCUGCUGGCGGAGAUGUGGUCGCCCGCAAACGACUUUGUCAGUGCCGUGUGCGGCUCCGUGGAGACGAUGAGCGCCCAGAACUGCAGGUGGUCCAGCCUCAAAAUGGGUCAGAGGGGAGAGGAGCGGCCCACCUCCGGCAUCUACUUCUUGGAGACGCGGCAGUCCUCCCCCUUCGGCAGGGGCGCCUACCACAUCAGCUUUUUGUGAAAAGUUUAGCUAAUAAAGAGCCAAGCGGAGGAAUGAAACAAA